CCCUGUGCCGCUGGGAACGGGCCUGGAGUGCAAAGGGCGAGGUCCCCCCGAUCCCAUCCCGACCCCAUAGCGGCUGUGGGGCCGCGCCGCCAAUGAAUGAAUGACCCGCGUGGGAAAAUCGCGGCCCCUUUACGCCAGGUGCCGCUACGUCACUCUUAGCCCCGCCCCUCCCGCGCAGCCAUUGGCCCGUCCCGCCGUCAGUUAUUCGGGCCCCGAGGCCGGGGGGGGGAAAACCCGGCACACCUCCGCGUUGUGGGCGGGGCCUGGCGGGCGGGAGGGCCAAUAGCAGCCGGGCUCCGGCGGAGGGGGGCGGGGCCUGCGGGGAGGAGGCGGGGGCGGGCGCGAGGCACCUGCUGAGGGGAGGGGGCGGGGGCGGGGCGGGAGGAGAGGUGCGGCCGCCCCCCCCCUCCCUUCCCGGUCCCGUCCCUCCCCUCAGGGCCGGGGCACGGCGGGGAGGGAGGGGAGGAAGGAGAGAGGCAGGGAGGCGGCGGCGGCGAUGGAGGAGCCGCUGUGCUGCUGCGAGUACGUGGACCGGCGGGGCCGGCGGAACCACCUGGCGGCGUGCUGCUGCGACUGCCGGGAGCUGGACGAGGGCUGCGACAGGUGGCUGACCUGCAGGUCCCUGCCCCCGGGAGCUCUGGAGAGGAUCGUCGACGACGUUGCGGACCGCUGCCGCGUCCCUUGGUUUGCGGGGGCCGUGAAGAUCAACGUCAGCCUCGUUCCGCCGCUCGUGCUGCUGCCCGUCUUCCUCCACGUCGCAGCUCUGCACUUCCUGCUGGGACUGGUCGUCUUGACUUCUCUUCCCGUGGUGGUGCUGUGGUAUUACUACCUCACCCACAGGAGGAAGGAGCGGACUCUCUUCUUCUUGAGCCUGGGACUCUUCUCCUUGGGCUACAUGUACUAUGUCUUUCUCCAGGAGGUGGUUCCCCGAGGCCAGGUGGGGCAUUCCCAAGUGGUGCUCCUCACCUCUGGGUUAGUUCUCAUGCUUGCAGCCUUGUUACGAGCCAAGAAAGACCCCGGCUACCUUCCCAUCCCAGUAGGCGAUGCCAAGUCAUCGCAUCAGGAUUUUCCCAACAAGAACCUUCGAGGGAGCUCCAACGGGCUCCAUGGAGUCGCCACGGCAGGAGCUGCCAGCGGCCGUGCUGUGAAUGGGGAGGCCAAAGGCUACUCCAGAGCCUCAGCCGAGGGGCCAGAAGGUGUGAGAAAGGACUGGUGUGCGAAAUGCCAGCUGGUCAGGCCAGCCCGAGCGGGGCACUGCCGGCUUUGUGGCAGGUGUGUGAGGAGACUGGAUCAUCACUGUGUCUGGAUUAACAGCUGUGUAGGGGAGCAGAACCACCAAGCAUUCAUCCUUGCGCUCUCCUUCUUCAUGCUCACCUCUGUGUACGGGAUUACACUGACCCUGGACACCGUCUGUAGGGGACGAACCCUGUUCGUGGCGUUGUUCUACUGCCCUGGGGCCUAUUCUGACUACAGCUCUGCUCUGUCGUUCACCUGCGUGUGGUACUGUGCCAUUGUAACAGCUGGCAUGGGAUACAUCCUCCUCAUCCAGCUGUUGAACAUCAGCUACAACGUGACGGAGAGGGAAGCUCGGCUGGCUCUGCGCGACAACACCGGGCGCAGGCUCCUGGGCGGGUUAGUGAUAGACACUGGCCAGUACAACAGGGGCUUUCUAUGCAACUGGGGCCACUUCCUGAGUCUGGGGUCUCCACCUCCGCUGCGCUCUGCCGAAGACAUCGUCUGACAGCCUUUUUUCCUGCAGAUGACGUUGACUGACUUUCUUUAGCGGGGGAACGGCCCCUUCCCCUAGAACUCCCCCCUCCACACCCUUCCUUUGUGGUCGGUGUGUGGGCUGCACACGCCGUCACAGACAUCGGAGGCUUUCCCAGGCAGAAUGGUUCUUUGCGUGCCAUCGGCCAGCAAUAGGUUGCGGAAAGCACUAAGCCAUAUGCACAAACCCGGAGAGCAGGAGCCUGCUGCCUUUUUGCACUGUCAGAAGCUGCACGUGGCUCAGCUUGGCAGGAAGAAGAUCACAAGGCUUUGAGAACUUGGCUUUGGGUUAGGCGCGAACUCUGGCAUCAAGAGGAACCUGCUGCUGGACUUCAGCGUGUGUGCUGGUUCCUGCAAAGGCUAAGGAAUCCCUGGCUCAUACCUACAUGCAGCAUUUUGGAGAUGUCAGGAGGGUGAACUUGUAAUAUAGAUAACACGCACUGCUGCAGAAGCCAGGCUCCUUGGCUAAAAGAGACUGUCCAGGCAGUUGCUGAGCAGCUCCCUCCUCUCUGGUGUGUUUUUUCUUCCACUUUCUAUUCCAUCCAGCUGUGUAUACAUGCUCGUGCUUGUAUUAAGUGCCUUUUGUGAGCAACAUUCCUGUAAGGCUUUGUAAGAUCCUCUCGGCUCCUGCCCUGUCUCUCUGACUGGGUGAGAAGACGCUGUCAUCUUUGAUCUCGUCAUUCUUUUGUAAGCUGAGUUUCUGUUGGGUUGACGGCUCGCCUCAUCUCCCUCAAAGUGUUUCUGCUCUGAUUAUGGAUUCUGACAUGAGACAGCAGGUAAACAUACCGAGGAAGGAGGAGAUGUUUCGAAGCAAUGUGUAAUGUGUGUGAGGGGAAAACAGACCGCUGCCUGAUGGUACAGUUGCUGUACAGAAAUGACUCCUUCCUCCUUGCAAAGGAGGGAGUCUGCGGGAGCACAGACUCUUCUGGUAGCUGCGACUUUGGUAGGCAGUGUUUUGGGUGGGGUCGGUUUUGUUGCUAAUAAGUGCUCCAGUCAGGGGGAUCUGCCUCGCUGCCUGGCUUCUGCUUUCUCAGGCCGGGAAGCCGAGGAGCAGUUCAGUGUCUGCACGUGUAGGGAGGUAGAGGGGGUGUGAGCUGGCUGCUUUUGGGGCACCUGACCCACGGCGGCAGGUGAAUGAAUGUGCUGAACGUGUUCUGCAGGAAGGUUGUGUUCCUCAGCAGCCUGCAACCGUAUUAUUACCUAGACUUGAGCUUCAGCUGCGGUCACAAGACUUUGGUGAGGACGACUUCUAGUUCUGUGGGUGGGAUUUUUGCUUUCUGUUUUAAACCCUUUCUGUGCGCUGGCCCUGCAGAAAGGUCUGGCUGGAAAAGCCUGCAGCUGUGGCACGAGAGUUGGAGCUUAGGCCUAAGAUUCAGAAGCAGUGGAAGAGCCUCGUCCUCGUUAGUUCAGGGGUGGCCAGCAGCUGGGGGGUCACACAUUCAGAAGCCCCACUACCUUUUCUCCUAAGAACAGGCGAAUGGUGCCAAAAGACAGCAGAAUUAGGGCUGUCCCCAGAGACCCCUGCUGUAUUUGGUGUGUAUGCUCCUGAUUACAUGUCCCAGUUUAAAGUGAAGGCCAUGUCCCUCUUUGCGCUGUUCGCUUUCCUCGAGUGGCGUCUGCACUUUCUAUACCCACCAGAUAACUGAGGAGCAGCUGCACUUAGGAUGGGGCUGUGCAGAAACAGCAAACUCCUUUUCAGCCAGUGAGCAAUCCUGUAUGAGGUAAAGGGGAUGCCUCCUGUGCUUCCUGACCACACAAAGAGACUUCUGACCAAUUCCCUGACAUAUGUGUUCCCCAGGCAGUGCCUGGCCCUGUAGUGCUCACUGUCCCACAGGUAUUUGGUAGCACUUUGCAGCCCACAUGCCACUAUGGCCUUGUCCUUUGCCUCAGUGGCACUGGUAGCGUAGACUUUCAAGCCCACUCCAAUUAGUGGGGUAAAGUGCCAAAGUUAAAUUUUAUUUUUGUCCUUCUUCCAAAGGGAGCCAGAACCGUUCAGGCCAGUAAAAUAGUUGUAAGGCUGGGGUUUUGUACAAGGAGAGCUCGGUGCCGAGAUUCCCCAGUGAAUAGGAAGCUCGUGUCACUCCAAUCUGCAUAGCAGUGGUGACCUGUUCUUUAAGGACAUGGCUUUUGUUUUGUUUACCCUCCUGGCUUCUUCCUGAGAGGAUUUGUGUUGUGCUUUCCGUCUCCCAAGGCACACACAAAGUAACACGAUCUAUUGCUGGCUGGAAGAGCGGAAGAGUUGCUGGCUUUGGAUGCACGCUCUGGGGCUCUCCUUUUAAUAGCCCUGAGAAGCAGCAAGAAGCCUUUGAAGGGUAACGCUCCCUCUUCCACUUUCCAGCCCGGGCAGACUGUUGGGAUCCCUUGUGCACUAAGGGGCUUUUAUUUAUUUUAUUUCUUUAUUUUAUUGCUGGGCUCAACACUGACCACUGAAAAAUUAAAACCUAGUGCAGCCUGCCAGGGCUGGAGGGUCAGGUCAGUCCUCGGGCUCCCUUUUUCCCACUACCCUGGGCAGGCAAAUCGCAGGCCAGGUGUUCGGCCUGAAGGCAGGGACCAGUGCCUUGCCCGUAAAAGAGCAGGCACCUGCGUGGCAAUAAGCAAACAGCGUGCUGCUGGCCCUUUCCAAGCCUUCCCCAUGUAGGAAGAGAGGACCUGGAGCCGAUAAGAAGCAGGGAAGGAUUUGGGUGAUAUCUAGCCUCGAUGUUUCCCCACCUAGAGGUGGAGAGGAGUUUUUCCUGCUUUAACCGUGACAUUGUGAGGCAUUUUUGUUCCACAAUUAACGUGGUCUUCAGGGAGACUCUUGAAGGGCCGGGGUCUCGAUGUUGCUGCUGUUGUAGUUUUAAGCCCUCUACGUGCAAAUGCUGACACCCUGUAGUUUGGUGACUGUGCUAAGAUCUGCACCCCAUUAGAUAGUGUGUAACUGGUGGCUUUACACUCCGAGUGUGCUCUCUGAAAUUGUGCUGCUUUGUAGACAAGUGGCAGGCCCUCCUGUUGACUGUUUUCUCCAUUUAACCCAUCCUCAGAUGACAAAAGUCGCUCGUGAGCCUGAGCUGGUGCUGCUUGUGACUUCUAAUCACAUUUCAGCCUUCAUGCUACGAUGGUGCUUUUUUUUUCUUCUAAGUAGGUUGCUUUCAAGUGUCUUGAUGAAACCAUUUGCUGUAAAAUAUCUUCUAGAGAUAAAAUGGAUACAGCCUCACUGCCUAAUGUCUUAAUAAUGUGCUCGACUUUCUCCUUCUAUAUGAAUGUAUAUUGCCUCGGUAGGGCAGGAAGCGUGUGUGAUUAUGGAUGUGUUCUCCUAUAUUGCUUUCAGCGAAGCAUUCCACAUUUUCCUAGGAUUUUCUUCCACUGCCAGGAUGUUUGUACAGUGAAACUUCCUCUGGACAGGCGAGGUUCUUUCUGAAGUGUGGGAAAUCAGCCUCCCAAAAUCUUUGUCUUUAUGGUACUGCUUUUAAUGAUAACGUGGAGAAUGAAUGACAGGCUCCAGAAGAACCGUCUGCCUUGGGGAGUGUGGGGGGGUGUUCCCCCACCCUAGCCAAAGCUUUAGGAGGAAACUUCAUGAAUCAUUUAUGAGCUUUGUUGAAAGGACUGAUGUGUGUGUGUCAGUUUACAUCUUAUCCAAUGUUUUCAAAUGGAUGCAAUUAUGAAUCAAAAUAAAUGAUUGGAAAUCA